GAACCCGGCGGGCCCGCCCCAGGGGCGGGACGGGGCGGCUCCCGGCGCGAGCCCCCGCCCAGCUGACUCGCCGCUCUCCGCCUCGUUUGCUCCUGCCGGGCGUGCAGGGCCCCGCCGCCGCCAUGUCGGGCUCGUUCGAGCUCUCGGUGCAGGAUCUCAACGACCUGCUCUCGGACGGCAGCGGCUGCUACAGCCUCCCAAGCCAGCCCUGCAACGAGGUCACCCCGCGGAUCUACGUGGGCAACGCGUCUGUGGCUCAGGAUAUCCCCAAGCUGCAGAAAAUAGGCAUCACCCAUGUGCUGAACGCGGCUGAGGGCAGGUCCUUCAUGCAUGUCAACACCAAUGCCAACUUCUACAAGGACUCCGGCAUCACAUACCUGGGCAUCAAGGCCAACGACACACAGGAGUUCAACCUCAGCGCUUACUUUGAAAGGGCUGCCGACUUCAUUGACCAGGCUUUGGCUCAAAAGAAUGGCCGGGUGCUCGUCCACUGCCGGGAAGGUUACAGCCGCUCCCCAACACUAGUUAUCGCCUACCUCAUGAUGCGGCAGAAGAUGGACGUCAAGUCUGCCCUGAGCAUCGUGAGGCAGAACCGUGAGAUUGGCCCCAACGAUGGCUUCCUGGCCCAGCUCUGCCAGCUCAAUGACAGACUAGCCAAGGAGGGGAAGUUGAAACCCUAGGGCACCCCCGCUGCCUCUGCUCAAGAGGUCCGCGGGGCAGGCCGUGGGCAAAGGUGUCCCGAGCUGCCAUGUUUAGGAAACACACUGUACCCUGCUCCCAGUAUCACAAGGCACUUGUCUACAAAUCUGUCCCAACACAGUCCUGGGCCACUUUCCCCACCCUGGGGAGCACGUAAAGAAGCUUGCCAAGGGGGGCGUCCUUGCUCCCCAGUUGUCCUGUUUCUGUAACUUAUGAUGUCUUUUCUCUGAGAGGGGGGCUCAGAGGGGGAAGGCCUGUGGCCUGCAUGCUUCCCGAUGGCCCAGGGCGGGAGGUGUGUGGAAGCGUAAGGCCUAGGAUGCUCACAGAGGUCCCUCAUGACCUCCCUUCCCCAACUCCCGAAUCCUCUCUUGAGUGGGGACCUCAACACCUUGAGCCCUAGUAAAGGAACUAUGCAAAUGCAGGCCACUCUCCCCACCAUGUCUGUGCCCCAAACUGUCCCCACAGCCUUCCACACCCUGUGCAUAGGCAGCCCUCUCACGUCUUGAGGUCCGAAGCUGGGGCGGGGGUGUCCGUCAGUUAUUAGUGGAUGGAGAUUCCCACAGCAAGGCUGCAUUUGGAUGAUUUCCUUGGGAUAAAUGGUCCCUACACAAAGAGGCCUUGUGUGGGCAAACCUGGGGAACCCUCCUAAAUCCAUAGAGUUUUCAAAAUGUGAAUCUUUGGAAGCCUUGAGUUCAGAAUCUGCUGCUCUGGGAUAUUUCCCUUCGACCUUAUCUCAGUCACUUCGUUUUUGAGAAGAGCGAUGCCUUGGGCAUGCUUUUUUUUUUUUUUUUCUUUUUUAGAAAACAGGGUGUUGAAGUCCAGCCUAUUUAAAAACCCCACCAUUUGGAGAAUUACAAGGGUUUUGUCCUGAAUUAUAGUGUUGGCAAGCCCAAGCCACUCGUGCUAACUGCUUUUUGUCUCGGUUGCUAUUCCAAGAACAGAAGGAGGAAGUUGGCUAAUUACAGCGUGUGUGCAUGGGUGUGUGUGGGGUGUGUGCCUCUCAGAAACGCGGCCAGAAGAUGAGCAGGGAAGUGAAAGGUCCCAGGCACACACCCUGCCCAUUGCAAGUGGCUCUUACAGCUCUUUGGUGCCAGCCAGCACAGGAUCCCUGAAGUGACUCAGCCAGGCAGACAUGAGACAUGGCGGAGUGUCCAAAUGGAUCCUCUAUUGGUGGUAGAGCAAAAAAAACCAAACACGAUAAACCUUUCAAAAGACUUUCAAAGGAUGAUAUUGGAAUGCACUAGCCCUCACAUGCGUAUGCACAUUUGCCAGAAUAUAAGAGUUUUGUUUUAAACACAGUCUCGUUAGGAUUUUACAUUAUUGUUAUUAUGGAAAGUGAUUGUGAUGCUAUUUAUCUUCAGGGUCACUCUGGGCAAAGAGAAGUUCCUCAGCCAUGCCCCCCGCACCUUGCACAUAGGUGUCUGAUAAAAGUUUAAGAAAUUAAACACUUUUUGAGCACCAAAUAGAUAUAGGGCAUUGUUCUGGUGGGUGUAUCACGCUGCCAGAAGACUGAAUUCAUGGUAGGAUUGCUUGCAAGGCCUUGUGAAGGAGUCUUACCCAAAAUGAAAGAAAUAUCAGGGACUUUUGUUGACUAUUUACAACUCAGUUUUACAUUUAAAUUCAGGCAGUGUUAAUAUGCCAAGGUAGGGAAUGUGCCUUUUUCAGAGUUGGCCAAGAGCUCCUGGCUGGGACACGGAGAAGCAGGUGUGGCGUUAAGGCCUCACUCCUGGCUGUGAAGGUCUCUGAUCAUACAGGAGCAGCCCUGCUGUAUGGUCACAGCCUGGUCACUUGCUGUCCGCUUUUCUCUGUGACCACAGCAGCCCUGAGCAACCAGUAUGUGUCUUCUUCUCUAGAUAGUGAGAACGGUGUCCAGAUAAACCCACCUAAGUGAAAUGGCCAUCCUCUAAACUGGGUACCUCACUGCACAGCUUCCAGGUAGCCUUCCAACUUAAUCUAACUUGAACCUCACAAUAACCCUAUAAAGUUAGUAGAGCUUGUUCUUGUAUUGUGACCUUUUUUAAAAAACGAACUGAGGUUCAGAAUGAUUAAGGGCCUGGCCCCCAGGGUUGUCCAGCUGUAUAAGGUGGAACUGGGCAAGAUUUUGGGUUUGCUGCUCCCUGAAGCUGGAUUCUUUCAUACGAUACUCUUUCAAAAGAAGGGGGCUCCCUGGGAUUUCCAGGUGUACUGCACAUGCCCUCGAUCCAGCCCCGGAGAAGCAAGUAAAAAGGGUGGGUCCCUCAUAGGCUAGAAUGUGCAGCUCUUUCUCCAGGUGGGAUGUAGCACCCCUAAGUAGAGCUCUCUGCUCUGCUCCUGGAAAAGGCUAGGGAGCUGGGGCUGGGGCUUCCCUCCCAUGCCCAGGCAGUGGUCACAGCUACUUACGUGAACACAGCAGGUUGGUGUGGCUGGCUAACUAGGACCUCUCGAAAGUCUCUGUGGGGGCAUGAGGGAGAAAAGGCCAUUGGGAGAAUUACUGCCUUUACUUUGGGACUACUUUUAUGCUGAUAACUUGGGAUUUCUUGAUAGUCCUUCACCCCCAAAACCCCGUAUUUACUUAACGAGAUUUAGCUCUUAGUUCUUCAAGUAAAAUAAGUCUCUUGUGUAAGAGCCAACACAUGCCCAGUUGUGGAUGGGAGCUGUUCCUGGACAGCCUUCUACUGCCUGGGAAGUGAUGGAACAGGAACUCAGGGUGCCCUUACCCCCUCCCCAGACCUGUUCCCUUUCUUUGACUGACAGAGCACCAUCCAGGCAAAAUUAGAGCGCCAAAUGGUUUUCUUCUCAAUCUUAAAGCAGUAUACCUUUCCACAGGCUGGUCUGUGUCCCUGCCACUCUGAGUUAUCCAGAAACCACCACCUACAAGUGAAGGGACUCAUCUAGAAGACCUCUAAGGUCCCUUUUGACUCUGAGGGGUCUCUAAUAAUCCCCACUUGGAAUUCAGCACCGCAAAGAAAUUAUGGGUAUGUGAGUCAUAAUGAUGGCCAGCAGGUGGCGCUGCCUUCCACCCAUGGUGAUGGAUGGUUCGGAAAGGGAAUGUUGGUGCCUUUUGUGCCACAAGUUAAGAUGCUACUGUUUUAAAGAAAAAAAAAAAAAGCACUGAUCUUCAAUAUGAAGACAUGAGCUUUUCUCGCAGGAAAUUUUCUUUUUCACAGAACUGGUGUCAGGAAUCACUGAAGGGCUAACCGUGGUGGUCCUUGCAAGUCAAGGUUUUAUCCCGAUUGGAAAUAGAACACAUUUCAGGUUGAGAGAACAGAUUGGUUGGAAGCUUAACUUUUCUUGCCUCUUAACUCCGCCAAAUUUUAGGGUAAUUUGAUUGUGAAAGAGUGAAUUUUCUGGACAGAAAAGGGAGAGCUACCAAAUUGUUUUUUUCUUUUUUAAAGGAAGUUUAAUGUCCAUUGUAUCACAAAUCAGUGUUAAAACACCAAAACUUUAGCCAAAAUAAAUGUCUUACAUUACAAAGGUA